AUGGAAGUAGGCAACUCCGCUGCCAGGCAAAGGUGUGCCAUACUGACCCAGUGCAACUUCCCUCUCAAAAGAGAUUCUAGGCAUUUCUCCCACGCAGAGGGACCGACCAUGGCGACAGCGACAUUAAUGAACCCUAUGCCUCAUUAUCAACCCCACCAUCCUCCUUACUCUUCCAACUAUUCCCACCACUCGCCAGCGGGUCCCAGCGGCACGGCCAUCAUGUCACCCGUCGAGCCUCGGAGGAUGGAUGACCACGAACCUCUGCGACAGUCGUUACCAUCAAUACAGGAAGUGAUAGGCGCAAAACCACCAACGCCAGCAGGCUAUCCGUCUUCGAUCUCCACAUCAGUCUCAACCGCGCCGAGCCUACCAUCUCCCUUUGCAACUGCAGCAGCAGCAGCCGCCUCUCGUUCCUAUGCAGCAGAGCAUUCCUCGCCUCAGGACAGACACUCUUCGCCGAGGUUGUUACACAACCCGACAUCGUUUCCCACGAGGGGCGAGCCCAUGCCACCCUUUUCUGACCCCAACCGACCUCCGCUCCACGCACGGCCACCGCCACCGCCGCCCGUCAACACUUACCAUCUGGGAGCACGGCCGUCACCGCCGCCGCUGAGGACGGACGCGCAACACUUGGCUGAGCGUCAUGCCGAGGGCCACAGAUCGGCUGGGUAUCCUCAUUCAGCCAUCUCGGACCCAGCAGGCAUGGCCUAUCCGCCACAGCCAUCCUCACUGCCACCAGGGCAACUCCCCCUCUCGGCACACCCUAUGUCGCCGCGGUAUUCUUCUGGACCUUCGCUGCCCUCACCCUAUGACGCAUCGCGCGCCUCGGUGCAGGAGGACGGUGACUACGGCAGGAGAUCAACGGAGAAGUAUGAGCAGACUCUCAAUAGGCAUUUCGAGGCGUGGCAAUAUCAAGAAGCACUAGCCAAGAUUGCGUCUGGCUCCCGAACAGUUUUCAACUUUGCAGAUGCCUACGGCCGAUGCGCUGCUGAGGAGCAAGGACCGGCGUCUCACAUACCCACGCGGAUACCGUCAGAGCGAGAAGUGACCGACAUGAUCAACAUGGCCGAGUGGAUGAGAGGGAUGCUGGACCAGCUCCGGACCAUGGUCCAGCACAGCACCAUCAUCAACGACCGGGCUCGAGAAGCCAGCCGUGGCAAGGCGCCUUAUGAGGAUGAGGAUGUCAUGAUGUACGGCAGUGAUGGAAUUAAAUCACCAUACGAGAUGUCGAGUGUCAAAAAGCGACGAGGUCGCGCGGCUCCUCCUGGCCGGUGCCACAGCUGCAAUCGAAUCGACACACCCGAGUGGCGGCGUGGUCCCGAUGGGGCACGCACGCUCUGCAAUGCUUGCGGCCUGCACUACGCCAAGCUCGAGAGGAAGAAGCAGAUCGAUGCCAAGAAUGUCCGUGCCAGGCCCUCGGUAGAGAGGAAUUAA